UACUGGCCCGCUAGGCUAAGCCCGCGGAGUCCGGGGGCGGCGGACGGGCUCGCGGCAGAUCCCGGAUCCGGAAUCGCCUAGUUCUGGAGCGGAGUCAGGGUCGGCCCUGUUUUAAAGCGGAUCAGCGAGGAACUCUCAAAUUUCGGGUUGGGAAAUCCCGGAACCCGGAGUAAUACAUCCCGGAACCCGGAAUUAGGAUCGGAAAGUCCCGGAUCGCGGAGCACAGCGCGCGGAGCGGACUCGGAGCGGAGCCCGGAUCGCUGCACCGCGGGACGGGACGGAGCGAUGUCGGGCCGUGGCGCGGGCGGGUUCCCGCUGCCCCCGCUGAGCCCCGGCGGCGGCGCGCCGCCGCCUUCCGCCCCAUGGGCCCCGCGGGUCCCGCGGCUCAGUACCAGCGGCCUGGCAUGUCACCAGGGAACCGGAUGCCCAUGGCUGGCUUGCAGGUGGGACCCCCUACUGGCUCCCCAUUUGGCACAGCUGUUCCCCUGCGACCCGGCAUGCCACCCACCAUGAUGGAUCCAUUCCGAAAACGCCUGCUUGUGCCCCAGGCCCAGCCACCGAUGCCUGCCCAGCGCCGGGGGCUGAAGAGGAGGAAGAUGGCAGAUAAGGUUCUACCUCAGCGAAUUCGGGAACUUGUCCCAGAGUCUCAGGCAUACAUGGAUCUCUUGGCAUUUGAGCGGAAGCUGGACCAGACCAUUGCUCGCAAGCGGAUGGAAAUCCAGGAGGCCAUCAAAAAGCCUCUGACGCAAAAGCGAAAGCUUCGAAUCUACAUUUCCAAUACGUUCAGUCCCAGCAAGGCAGAAGGUGAUAGUGCGGGAACUGCAGGCACCCCCGGAGGAACCCCAGCAGGGGACAAGGUGGCUUCCUGGGAACUCCGUGUGGAGGGCAAACUGCUGGAUGAUCCUAGCAAACAGAAGAGGAAGUUUUCUUCGUUCUUCAAGAGCCUUGUCAUUGAGCUGGACAAGGAACUGUAUGGGCCUGACAAUCACUUGGUGGAGUGGCACCGGAUGCCCACCACUCAGGAGACAGAUGGCUUCCAGGUGAAACGGCCAGGGGACCUCAAUGUCAAGUGCACACUCCUGCUCAUGCUGGAUCAUCAGCCUCCUCAGUAUAAACUGGAUCCCCGGCUAGCGAGGUUACUGGGAGUGCACACACAGACGAGGGCUGCCAUCAUGCAAGCCCUGUGGCUUUACAUCAAACACAACCAGCUGCAGGAUGGGCACGAGCGCGAGUACAUCAACUGCAACCGUUACUUUCGCCAGAUCUUCAGCUGUGGCCGGCUCCGUUUCUCUGAGAUUCCUAUGAAACUGGCUGGACUGCUGCAGCAUCCAGACCCCAUUGUCAUCAACCAUGUUAUUAGUGUGGACCCUAAUGACCAGAAGAAGACAGCCUGUUACGACAUUGAUGUGGAGGUAGACGACCCGCUGAAGGCCCAGAUGAGCAAUUUCCUAGCUUCUACCACCAACCAGCAGGAGAUUGCCUCUCUUGACGUCAAGAUCCAUGAGACCAUCGAGUCCAUCAAUCAGCUGAAGACUCAGAGGGAUUUCAUGCUUAGCUUCAGCACUGACCCCCAGGACUUCAUCCAGGAAUGGCUCCGUUCCCAGCGCCGAGACCUCAAGAUCAUCACUGAUGUGAUUGGAAAUCCUGAGGAAGAGAGACGAGCUGCUUUCUACCACCAGCCCUGGGCCCAGGAAGCAGUGGGGAGGCAUAUCUUUGCCAAGGUGCAGCAGCGAAGGCAGGAACUGGAACAGGUGCUGGGAAUUCGCCUGACCUAACUGCUCAGGGAUCUCUUCUCUGUCCUGGAGCCUGGCAGGGGACUACCCUUUGGGUCCUGGCUUGUGGCACAGACAUGUAGGAUGGGCUGAGGGGUGUUUCCUGGUACCCGCUACUCCCAGAUUUAGUUUCAUAAAGGUAGUGAUAGGAUUCCUUGUUGCUUGGUCCCAAAGCCUUAUUACUUUCUGCAUUGGCUUUAAUUGGGUUCUUAAGAUGCCUCCUCUGCCCCCUGCAGGCAGACCCAGGUAGGACUGCUGCAGGCCAUACUUCGGCAUUCUUAGGAACCAAAGGCUGCUGGGUUUGCAUGUUUACAGGCUCUCCUCCUGGGCCACUGUCAGAGCUGAGUAUGGGGAGCUGGGCAAGGAAGAGGAGGCCCAGCCUAGACUCUUCUUAGCCUUUCUAAACCAAAGUUCUUUGCCAUUCCUACAAGCCCAGCCUUGCUGCUGGCUUUUUCCUUUCCUUUGGGUAUUUGCACUAUGUGGGGAGCAGGUUUUUCUAUGUGGGAGCCACUUUUUUGUACAGGGGGAAGUUGGGGUUUUUCAGGGAGCCCUAUUUGGUGCCUCCUUCCUUGUAUUUUCUCAAUCUAUGCAAGCGGCUGUGGCCGCCAUCAUCUCCUGGGAUCCCUCCCGGGGUGGGGGUGGAACCUCUGAGAGCGAGGGGCUGUACCAAUUCUUCAGCCUGGCCGAGGUAGGGGGCAUGCAUGGCAGAGGGCAGGGUAAGGUGAGGGUGAGCCUGGGAGGACUGUUUUGCCCUUUGGAACUCGGUGAGCUUAGGGCUUGGCAAAUGCCACUUCUGGCCGGUUUGGAAAUUCCAAAUAAAUUCUUUUGUUUA